AUGAAAAACGGAAACGGCGUCGAAAUUUUGGGUGACGGCUCUCGUUACGAAGAACAAUGGGCAGGAGACCAAAAAAAUGGAAAAGGAGUUUGGAAUUCAUCUAGCGGUGAGAAACCUGAGGGAGAUUUUAAAGGUGAUGAAACGGACGGAAAAGGCGUUUGGAUCUCAGUGAAAGGUGAUCGAUUCGAGGGAGAAUUCAAAGCUGACAAGAAAAAUGGAAAAGGUAUCUGGCAUUCUGUUGACGGUGAACAUUUCGAGGGAGAGUAUAAAGAUGGCAAGAAAAGUGGAGAAGGUGCUUGUAAAAACAAAGAUGGUGAUACGUAUCAGGGACAUUUUAACGAUGACACGAAGCACGGAACAGGUGUGUGGGCUGGGAAGGAUAGUAGUCGGCACAAGGGGCAAUUUAAGAAUAACGAAAAGAAUGGAAAAGGCAUUUUUAUCUCGGUAUCAGGCGAACGGUAUGAGGGGGAUUUCAACGAAGGGAAAGAAUUAAAAAAAGGCAUUUGGAUUUCUACGAAAAGCGAUCGUUAUGAGGGCGAAUUGAAUAAUUUUAAGAAACAUGGAAAAGGCGUUUUGUUUUCAGCAGACGGCGAACGUUAUGAGGGAGAAUUCCAAGAUGAUUAG